AUGAUUCACUCUGGUCGUGAACAUAGUUUUCUAAUAGUGUAUAGCUAUAGGACUCAUGAUACAUCAUCUUCACAAUGUCAAGAUCUAAGAUCGAAUUGUCCAGACGGUUGGUUAGAAGAAAGAGACCAAUGCUAUCGACCUAUACCAUCCUGUCUAAGUCUAUUCUCUAAUGAGGAAAAAGAAGCUUUUUGUCGAGCGGUGCUAGGAGCAGAUAUAGGCUACGUGAAUGGGGUUUUAUCUUGUGUCUCUGAUUUGAGAAUUCCUGACAGCGUUUUAAUGCAAAUAUUGGAACCCAAAUCAGGUAGCUCUCUAAGCAAACGAGUUUUUGGUAAUUCCGGCUUCGGAAGAUAG